ACAGAACAAGGCCUUCAAACAGCGUUCAGUUGCUUCAGCUCUUGCUCAUCGUUCUCAUCCCACUCUGAAUAUUUUCGUGUGUUACAAGAAUACAUGCUAGUGGUGAUUCAGUGUAAUAAUAACAUUAAUAGAACUAUAUUAAUCAUUCUCCGGCUAUUAUUGAAUUAUCGAAUUAUCCUCCAGCAAAAGUGUCAAAUCUUCUAAAAUUGUGUUGAAAUUAUUGAUUUAGUGUAUAUCUAUAUCAGUUGCUGUGAAUUUUCAUACCAGAUGACUAUUUCAAAGAGAAUUUUCUAACAUUUAUGGUAGUUCAAUAAUCAGUUCACAAUAUUCACUUGAGGCUCAUUCCAGUCCAACAAUAUUCUGUGACGAGAUGAAUAAAAUGAGUGAGGGUGAUUUGAGACUAUUACAAAAAGAUUCAGUGUAUUUCAAUGAACAGAGAACAGUAGAAUUUGAAUGCUCCUGAAGUCUGCGAAAAAAUAAAUUCAACAUAAUAAAUCAUAAAUAUGGUAAAAGAUAUAUCAGGAACUAAAGAAAAUACCAAUUACCAGGAUAUGGAAAUUGAGGAAACCUGCAACAGUGAGCAGGAUCUGGAGAGCUCAGCUAGAUGCUGGAGACUGAGGCAUUUGUGGAAUUCGCACGUCCGCACAUUUCAGCAGCCACGAAACAGCACCAGUGACGACUCAGACGAGUUUCAUCCAGGAGAAAGCCAUCAUGAAAGACCUACUUUGAACGAGGUCCGGAAGCAAGUUGGAAUGGGGAGACAGCCAGGACCUCACAUAGGAAUAUAUGGUUGGAGAAAGAGAUGCCUUUAUUUGCUCAUACUCAUAUUGUUAGUGGUCGUAAUAUUCAACCUCGCAUUAACUCUUUGGAUUAUCAACGUCAUGGAAUUCAAUGCGAAUGGAAUGGGUGAACUGCGGAUAGUGCCAGAAGGAAUCCAAUUAUCGGGCAAGGCCUACGUUCUCGACACUCUGCUCGCUUCUAGUAUUAGAUCACGACUCGGACAAGCUUUGAGCUUGGAAACCAGCCACAAUCUCACUGUUCAGACCAGAGACAGACUCGGACAUAUAUCCAGUAUGCUGUAUGUUGGGCCAGAUAAAGUGGAAUGUCUCGCUCCAGGAUUCAAAGUUAGUGAUCCUCAUGGGAGGACCUUAUUCUCUGCCGAUAAGAACGAAGUAGUAGUUGGAGCUGAUGUACUAAAAGUAACAGGUUUUGGAGGAGCAGUUUUCGAUGGAAGUGUCCAGACACCGUUAAUCAGAGCCAGGCCUGGGUCGGAUCUCACCUUAGAAUCAGCGACUCGGAAUCUACUGAUUCAAGCUCCUGCAGGAGUCACAAUAGACUCGAGAGCAGGUGAUAUAACAGCGUCUUGUUUAUCCGAUCUGAAACUGGAGUCAAUAGAUGGAGCGAUAAAACUGGAGGCAGCCAGCGUUCUCCUUCCGGGGCUGAGGACAGCCAGUACGACGCAGCGCGGCGGAGGCGGCGCUAGGAACCAGGCCGAAGGCUCCGUCUACCAGCUGUGCGUCUGCGGCAAUGGAAAGCUCUUCCUUUCAGCUGCCGACGGCCACUGCGCCACUGACAACGAGGCACUCAUCUGCCGGUGAAUGCGUUCCAACCCAACUACGAACACAUAUAUCCAAUUCAUUCAAGCAGCUCUGACGCUUCAAUCAUUUUCUCCCAGUAAGCGAGUAGUAUUGAUUCUUUAAACAUUACAAAAGUAUGUUCAAAGAAUUACUUCUAGUACAGUAUGAGAAGAGAUUAAACCACCCACCACUGUAUAUAGCUCCGAUAGGAAACUAUAGGUAGGUAACAAUGAUCGUAGACGAGCUUUUCUGAGACAAGUUUCCUAGUUGAUUUUAGAGAUACAAUAGGUUGAUAACCCCGAAACACAUCAAUAUGUAGCCUAUUGCUAAAGUUACUGAAAACAAUAAUGUCAGUUUUGGCCUCACUUGCCACCAUCAUAGAUUAUGUUGUGUUUAUCAGAUAUUCACAGAAUGGAAGAAAUGGUGAAAUAACCAGGUUUUCUCCAUAAAUUCCCAUUCAACGAAUAAACAGUGUGCUAAUGUUUAGAAACAAUGCACUUUGUGUAGGUACGGUACAAUACGACAUUAUAAAGAUACAAUUUGCAGGGAAAUUAUUGUAGGAGCUAGAUGGAAUCGCAUGUAGUGUUUCUGAUGAAAAAUUGGAUAAAAUAAUGUAUUCCAUGGUUAAGACAAACAAUACGAGAGUAUAGUUAAGUGUGAAUAGAUAAUAAAUGAGAAUAAUGAAUGUUUCUGAAAAGUCCAGAGAAUGGAUAUAUAGUACUGUAUAUAUCUCCAAAGUGAUAGUGAUAAUGGAUGUGAGGUGUAGAUGUAGUACCGUAUUGAUAUUUUACAUUAGAGAUGAAUCCAUGCUAGAAGCAUCAUUUCAAAUAUUAGCAGGAAUUAUUGCAGAGAAAAUACCUCGAAAUUCACUUUUCGACCGCAAUCAGUUGAGAAUUUGAGUUUCUUCUGCAGCCAUGGAUAAUUUAUUGAAACCAAUGUUGUUCCAAAACUACUGGAAUUGAUUUUCUCCUAUAAUGAAAAAUAUGUCAAUUACAUUCUCAAAACAGGUCAUUCCCAUUAUAUCAACAGAUUGAAUAGAAUGUGAAGAAUGUAAAUAAUUUAAUGUUUAUAAACAUUGCAGAUAAGUCUGUGUAUCAGUAUGACAUAUUCAAUGUACAAAGUAUAUUACAUGAAUAAAGAGAUUUAAAUUCAAAUUAAGUAAGUCUUCUUAGCGUUCAGCGUUUAUUAUCCAAUUAGGCUUGUAGAAGAAUAAUUAAUUAUCAGAAGAAAAUAAGUUUCAUUUCUCAAUAAGUGAUUAUCAGAAGAUUCUCUUAAAACUUGAACGAGACUUAUCAGUGACUUUGUAUUGUAUUUUUUAGUUGUUACCUGUUAAGUUAAUAUGGAUAAGAUAAUUUGAAACUUUGGUAUAAAAGGCUUUACAUUUGAAUGAGAUUGAAAAUGACUUUAUAAAUGUUUGACUUAAUGAAAAUAAUGAAAAUAAGUUAUAUGAUGUAUGUUACGAUAUAAACAGCUUGAAAUCAA